AUGUUAGAGAAUUUUCCUGAAGAAAUCGGACAUGAUAUCCUAUUCAGACUACCUAUCGUGUGUCUGGUCAGAUGCACAUCGGUGAGCAAGGCAUGGAUGUCCAUUAUCAGAAGUUCAAGCUUUAUUCACUCCCACCUCAACCGCAAAAACCACCCUAGUAACCACCAUGAGACUCCUCAACUUCUACUGCACGGUGCCCGCUUUCCAGCUUCUACUGCAUUGUCGCCGCCACCAACUACAGAAGAGCCUAAAGAUGUGUGCUGUUUGCAUUAUGAUAACAACCAUGAUUUUGAUGACUGCUGUCAGAUAGAUUUUCUAUUUAGCGGAUUGGUAAGGCAGGCAAAUAGGCGCUUCCGUGUGGCUGGCAUUUGUGACGGGAUAGUGUUUAUUGAGGAUGAUUUAGUAUGGAAAAGGUACACCUUAUGGAACCCAGCAAUAGGAAAGGCAGUGAUGCUUCCUUGGCCUGGUUUGAUUCAUGGUCCUUUUGAAGAGUCUGUUGGGUUUGGUUUUGAUGCUUUGGCCAACGACUACAAGGUUGUUCGGCUUGUCACUCCUCAGAUUUCUUUUGAUUAUGCGAAAAGUCCUACUGUGGCUGAGGUUUAUUCACUAGCCACGGGAUCAUGGAGAAGUCUUGGUUUAGUUGUUCCUCCAUGCCGAAUAGAUAGAACAAGACCAUACACCUAUUGUAAUAGCGCUAUUCAUUGGACUGUAAGACAUUGGAAAGAUGAUCAUUAUUUCAUUUUGGCAUUGGAUCUUGGCAGUGAGUCGUUUCGCGAGAUAAGGAUGCCAAAGGGUACUGAAUUGCACUUGGAAUCUGAAGUUUCUGUUUCAGGAGAUGGGAAAUCUCUUUCUCUGUUCACAGAGUAUUGUGAUUAUUAUGUUGACCUAUGGUUAAUGAAAGAGUAUUGCAAACAGGAGUCAUGGAUAAGUCUCUGUCGACAAGGUCCAGAAGGAUGUUUGCCCCGUCCAUUAUGUUUCAGAAAGAGCGGUGAAGUAAUUUUGGCACUGAGAAACAAUGAAAGGGAAAGUGAAAGCUUAGUUUCGCUUGACACUGUGAGCCAACAAUUCAACAAUCUCGGGAGUUCAGAGUAUCGAUAUUGCUCUAUUCAUUCUUAUGAAGAGAGCCUUGUUUUACUUGACAUGGACAGUGCAGUAUCUUGUUAA